AAGAGCCGUUUCUGGCUCAGCCAUGUGGUGCGAACGAUAGCGACAUAGUCGGCUGGCAACAUGCCAACAUUGCCAGCAGUGCCAGCAGAGGACGCCGCAGAAGAUGCAACAGAAGAGGUGACAGAAGUGAAUGAAACGCCAGUGGAAGGUGCGACCCAAUCCAAGAAAAAAGUUGUGGUGAAGGUGAAGAAAAAGAAGACCAAGGCGCCCGCACCCGGAGAGAAAGAAGAUGUGAUCGUCGACCAAGUUGCGAGUCCUGAAACCACCGAGGUUGGGAAGGAGUCUCAAGUGGCCCCCGUUCUUGAGGUUCCUGAGCAGAAGGCUACAGCUGACGAGACCGGGUACGAAAACCCGGUGCAAGGGGCAGGUGCAGCAGAGCUGGUUACUCAACCUGUUGCACCAAAAGCUUCCUUCUUCAAGCUCUUUUCUCAGAUGGAUUGCCUAGAGCUGGUGGUUUUGACGGUGGGUCUCCUAUGCUCGAUGUGCCACGGAGUCGCGCAACCGCUCUUGGUCAUUAUCUUCGGUGACCUCAUUGACGCCCUGGGUGGAAGCCCGGAUGAGGUGCAACGGGAGACGGAGCGACUGUGUCUCCUGAUGUGCGCCGUGGGAGGGGGUGCUCUGGUGGCGGCCACACUGCAAGGAGCCUCCUUCAAGGUCUUGUCCGACUCGCAGACGACGAAGUAUCGGGUGAUGUACUUCCAGGAUGUACUGCACCAGGACGUCGCUUGGUUUGACACGAAGGAAGUGUCGGCCCUGUCGGCGGAGAUCCAAGACGACUUGGCCAAGAUCCAAGAGGCGUUCGGGGACAAGUUCGGCAACGGGGUCAUGGCGCUAUCUGCCUUCCUGGGCGGCUUCGCGUGCGCCUUUGGGCUUGGCUGGCUGUUGGCCCUCAUCUUGUGCGCGGUGCUUCCCUUCAUGGCGCUGGGGACCUACUUUGUGGGCGAGGCAGUGGCGCAGGUACAGAUGGAGACGCAGGGCUGGUACGGCAAAGCCGCCUCCGUGGUGGAGGAGUGCCUCCACGGCAUGCGCACCGUGGUGGCCUUCGGCGGCGAGGCCAAGGAGCUGGAGACCUUCUCCCAGGCGGUGGCCCAGACCCGGCGGGGCGGCAUACGGAACGGCCUGCGCAUCGGCUUCGGCACCGGCUACUCGUGGUUUGUGGAGUAUUCCAACUAUGCCCUGGCCUUCUUCGCGGGACUGAGCUUCGCCUACAAUGGGGACCUCAACCCAGCCACUGGUGAGCCCUGGAGAACGGGCGAUAUCAUGUCCAUCUUCCUGUGCAUCUUCAUCGGCAGCUUCAUGUUGGGCCAGAUCGACCCCAGCAUCAAGGCCUUCCAAUCAGCUCAGAUGGCGGGAGGUCGCUUCUUUCAAGUGCAUGAUGCAAAGCCUGCCAUUCAGAGACGAGACGAGGAUGAGAGGUGGGAAGCUGUGGGAAGCUAUGGGAAGCUCUUUCUCGAUGUUUCCCUCCGUUCGAACUGUGGAAACCCCAGUCUUUUGACCAGGCAAGAGUUGCGCAGCAUCGAGAGCUUCGCAUUUGACCAAGUGCACUUCUACUAUCCGGCGCGGCCCAGCGUGAAGAUCUUGAACGGGGUGUCCUUGAGCCUCCGGCGGGGCCAGAAGGUCGCCUUCGUGGGGGAGUCCGGCUCCGGGAAGAGCACCAUCAUGGCGCUGCUGGAGCGCUUCUACGACCCCAGCGCCGGCGUGGUCCUUGUGGACGGCCAGGACAUGCGGAAGUUCAAGAUCGGCUCCGUGAGGCGCUGUAUCGGCUACGUGGGUCAGGAGCCGGUGCUGUUCUCCCAGUCUAUUCGGGCCAACAUCAUGCAGGGGAAUCCGGAGGCCAGCAAGGAGCAGUUUCAACAGGCCUGCGCCGACGCUCAGCUGGGCUUUGUGGACAACUUGCCGGAGAAGUACAACACCUUCGUGGGAGCCGGCGGUGGACAGCUGUCGGGUGGGCAGAAACAGCGCAUCGCCUUGGCCCGCGCCCUGCUGAAGGAAGCUUCCUUUCUCUUCUUGGAUGAGGCCACGAGCGCGUUGGACAACACCUCUGAGAAGAUGAUCCAACAGACCAUCGACAGCAUCAGCAACAAGAGUGAAGGCAGUCGCUUGGGUAUCGUGAGCAUUGCCCACCGCUUGAGCACCGUCCGAAACUCUGACCUGAUCUACGUCUUGAGCAGGGGCGAGGUGGUCGAAGAGGGCAACCACGAGAGCCUGAUGAACCGCAAGGGCGUUUACUACGCACUGGUUGCCGCACAAGAGUCCUCGGAGAAGGCGGGCGAGGAUGAGCCGGAGAUCCCCCACCAGCAAACCGUGGCCUUGAUGAGGCAGCGUUCCGGGGAGAGCGAUGAGUCUGAGCUGGCGCGCAAGCAGCGGGAGAAGAAGGAGGAAGAGGAUCGUCUGAAGGGUAUUAAUGACAACUACAAGGUGCCCAUGUCUCGGCUCCUGAGCUACAACCAGCCGGAGUGGGCCUUCUUCGUGCCUGCCAUCCUGGGGGCCUUGAUCGAAGGCGCGGCCAUGCCGGUGUGCGCCGUGGCCCUGGUGGGGUCCAUGGACGCCUUCUUCAAGCUUCAGGUGCCGGCAAGCCGAGAGGAGGCUCGAGAAGACAUCCUCUUCCUGUGCUUUGUCUUUCUGAUCAUUGCGGCCUCCGUCUUGGUGGGCUGCGUCAUCGAGCACGGCAGCUUCGCCAUCUUGGCGGAGUCCAUGACCUGCCGGCUGCGGGUGGCCAUCUUGAAGGCGAUCUUUCGGCAAGAGAUCGGCUUCCACGACGAUCCGGAGAACACCCCAGGCAUGAUGUCCAAAGCCUUGGAGAUCUGGGCCUUCCGCGUGAGCACUCUGUGCAAGUCCAUAGGUGCCAAGGCGGCGGCCAUGAGCUCUGUCCUGGUGGGUCUCGUCAUCGCCUUCGUCUACUGCUGGCAGAUGGCCCUGGUGAUGCUGGGCACCGUGCCCAUCAUGGUGGCUGCCAACGCGGUGCAGAUGCUGGUCAUGCUGGGCGCCUCGAAGGUGGACAACGAGGGGAUCAAGCAUGCGGCGCAGGUCGUGAGCGAUUCCGUUAUGAAUGCACGCACGGUGCAAGCCUUGAAUGUUGAGAGGAACCUGGUGCAGAUGUAUGCGAGCUUGGUGGGGAAGUCCACUGAAGGCAUGUGGAGGCGGAACUUCUUGGCUGGGCUUGGCUUCGGCAUUGCCUCUGGAGUCAUGUUCUUUGUCAUUGCUGGAGGCUUCUAUUAUGCUUCGGUCCUCAGGAGGGAGGGUGUUGCCACCUUUAGUGAUACCAUGAUGGCCUUCAUGGGUGUCUUCUAUGCUGGCUUGGGCGCCGGGCAGUCGGCGGUCUUCAUCGGUGAUGCGGCGAAGGCCAAGGUGGCUUGCCACGACAUGUUCAAGCUCUUGGACCGCGUCUCCAAGAUUGACGGCAUGGAGCCCAAGGGAGAAGUGCCCACUGCCUUGGAGGCUGGCGCCAUCGAGUUUGAGAACGUGAAGUUCUUCUACCCCUUCCGACCAGCAAUCCAAGUGCUCAAGGGCGUGAGCUUCAAGAUUCGCCAGGGGCAGGCAGUGGGCUUGGUGGGGCCUUCUGGAGGCGGCAAGAGCACGGUGAUGUCUUUGAUUCAGCGUUUCUACGACCCGCAGGAGGGAUCCGUCUACGUCGGUGAAGCCCGAAAGCCGCUGGCGGAACUGAACAUUCGCUGGUGGCGCCAGCAGAUCGGGUUUGUUGGGCAGGAGCCAGUCUUGUUCAACACUAGCGUGCGGAACAACGUCCUCUAUGGUGUGGAAGGGGAUGUGGAUGAGGAGUACAUCAAGAAGUGCGAGAAGAUGUGCAACUUGAAGUUCCUCUACACGUCCGGCAAUCAAGGCCUCGCCACGGAGGUGGGCCCCCGCGGCAGCCGUUUGUCCGGCGGGCAGAAGCAGCGCGUGGCUAUCUGCCGCGCGCUGAUGCGGAACCCGGCGGUGAUGCUGCUGGACGAGGCCACCAGCGCUUUGGACUCUCAGAGCGAGGCCAUCGUCCAGGAGGCGCUGAACGCGGCGCGGGAGGGCCGGACCUCCUUCGCCAUCGCCCAUCGCUUGUCCACCAUCGAGGGAUGCGACGUGAUCUUGGUGAACGCUGAUGGGCGCGUGGUCGAGUCUGGCACACACGCAGAGCUUAUGACUUUGAAAGGGGUCUACUACAAGCUGCAGAUGCAAUCCCGCAAGUAGCUGGAGCCGUAGAAUCGCUGAACUUCAAGACUCGCCAUGUUGGAUGGAAGAAAUCCCUUGAACCGUGCAUUUCUGCAGUAUGUUAGACUAGCAACAGCAACUGGUUCAGGAUUUCUUUCAUUAGAUUUCAGGGUAUCUUCCGGUUUGGAGGUGUCCCAAUUUGCACUCGAACUUCUGGUGGCAGCUGGCCUUGCCUGCUUGCCUCGGCCAACGUUGAGAGCGAGUUUCUCCCGCCAGAAAGUGCACGAAGAAUCAGUAGACUGGUUCAGAAUUAGUAGACUGGUUCAGGGCUUGUUUCAUCAGAUUUCGGGGCAUCUUCCGGUUCGGAGGAGUCCCACUCUGCAUUCAUUUUUUUCCGGUGGCGGCUGGCCUUGCCCUGGCACAUGCUGAAUGCGCAACACGGCGAGGUUUUUCUCUGCCAGAAAGUGCGCGGAGACUCUGCGGACCUCCAGAUGUGACACUCCAAGGCCAUUGUUUGCUGCAUUUGUGCC